CCGACCAACGGGCACCGAGCGACCGGGGGCCGGGCUGCAGCUCCUCCCCGUCGGUGUGAUUCUCCUGAGAGCCCCGGAGCCGCGGAGCGAGCGGCGGCCAGAGAGGAGGAGGAGGAUGAAGAAAAGCACCCAGAGCAGACGGGGCGUUCAGGACUCGGGUCAGCCGGCGGUCCAGCAGCCGGAGAAGGUCGGCUGGAUAAGGAAGUUCUGCGGUCGAGGGAUCUUCAGAGAACUGUGGAGGAACCGAUAUGUGGUGCUGAGAGGAGACCACCUCUUCAUCUCUGACAAGGAGGUGAAAGACGAGCGUAAAGCACAGGAAGUGUUCGACCUGGCGGAUUACGAGCGUUCGGAGGAGCUGAGGAAAGCAAAGAGUCGCAGCAAGAAGAACCACAGUCGCUUCACUGUCCUUCGCUGCAGACAGCCAGGAAACACUGUUCCCAACCUGGUGUUUCUAGCGGUGAGUCCUGAGGAAAAGGAAUCAUGGGUCAAUGCCCUCAAUGCGGCAAUCAUCAAAGCCAAGAACAGAGUUUUAGAUGAGGUGACCAUUGAGGAGGACAGUGCGCUGGUACAUCCCACCAGAGACCGAGCAAAGAUCCCUCAUGGCCGCCGGCUGCCGACCAGAGGACACCUCAUGGCAGUGGCGUCCACCUCCUCACAUGGCACGCUGACCCUCGACCUGGUUGCUGAGGAGGACGGUUUCUCCCUGGACUACGAUGACGACUCUCAGGAAUCCUGGGAGAACAGCUUCCGGGUCGACCUGCAGAGGGGGGAUUUCUGUGGACAGGUGGCGGUUGUAGGAUCUCGGGGCGUUGGCGGACGUCAGCGGGCUGGCACCGAUGUCUCAAAGCUCAGGGUGGUCUCCAAGGAGCCCAAGGUGAAGACUGGCAGUUUGCCCAGGGGGAGUGAGCGCUCCUGGGGCAAACAGUCCCACCUGGAGGUCCACAAGACCCAGCAGGUCCUUCAGACUCAGUCUCGAACACCGCAGCCUGGGAAGAGGUUCAGCAUGCAGGGUCGGAGUCGCUGUGCCUCCAUGGAUGAAGUCCUCUCCUCCAGACCGGCGAUGAUUCGUUCGGAGUUGCGGUCUGCCCUUCGUCGUUGUCCGACUGAAGAGGAGGCGGGGGGCGGGGCUUCAGUGCAACCAGUCGGUCAGCUGCAGAGUCUCAUCGCCCAGAGGAUGCAGAGAGCUCAGGAGCUGCUGGAGGAGAUGAGACUGCAGGAGUUGCAGAAAGCCAAAGCAGAGCGGGAACGAGGAGGCAGCUCACCUUACCUGAAGGGCAUCGACUCCCCUCGACUCCAUCACCUCAGGGGCUCCGACUCUCCUCACUCCAGCAGGUCAUCAGGAUCUUCAAGGAGCAGGAGCAGUGACUCUCCUCGCCUCCGAGGCAAAGACUCUCCUCGGCUGAGGGGGAGAGAGUCUCCUCGAUCCAAAGCCAAGAAGAAUCGCUCCAAAGGGACAGACUCGCCUCGCUCCAGAGGAUCCCAUUCUCCUGCUGCUAAAGCAAACGACUCCCCUCGACCGAAAGAGUCACCUCGUUUCACAGCCCCCGACUCUCCUAGAUCAAAAAGCUCUGACAAAGUCUGUUCACCAAGCCUCAAGGGAUCGUCCAGCUCCUCUGGUCCCAACAAAGACGAAUCUCCUGUACAGAAGUUGCCCGAAUCACCACCAUGUGUCAGAGGAUCUGACUCCUCUCAGAUUAAAGGAUCUGAUUCACCUUGUGGCAGUGAAGCUGGCUCCCCUCGUCUGGGGAGCAGCAAGGAGUCACCCUGUCCGAGUCAGAAGAACUCCCCGAGUUUCUCUGGAUCCUUCGAGUCCAAAACCCCCGACAAACACUGCCUGUCCCCAGCUCUCCCAGCCUCACCUCCCUCCCUGCUGUCGGAGGAGGACCUGGAUGUGGAGAGGAGGCGUGCUGAAGCCGAGCGCCUCCUGGAGGAGGCCGUGUCAUCAUGGAAGGAGGCACAGGAAGUGCUGCAGGAGGUGAAGGAGCUGCAGAGCCAGACGCUUCGGCGGCAGCGCAGGAGGACCUACGAAAAGAUGACAUCGACGACGGCAGUGGCGGCGGCAGCAGACGAGGACGACACGCCCGCCUCGCCAACAUCACCGGAGGAGGAUGACGAGUCAGAGACCCCUUGAUGAGGAUUUUUUCCACAAAUAUUUGUUGUAUUAAUGAAUUUUCUCAAUGAAAGUGGCAAUGUUUUUCAGCACGCACAAAAAGAGACAAGAUUUACAUAAAAUAGGACUUUUUAAUUCAACCCCUCAAAUGUUUUUCAUCUUUUAAUGCGGGGACAGUGGGAUGCACAUGAACACUUAAGCAAAUGUGGAUUAUUUUGAAACCAGCAAUCUACAGUUCUUCCCAGGAGGUUAAAUGACUUUAAUCCUCCACAGUGCACUAGACUGUCACCAGUCAGACGCCCUCUCACUUCUGCUGCCCAUUUUAUUCCACAAAGUCUCUUUGUGUGACAGAUGUGUCACAUUUGAUUUAAAUAAAUACAGUUUUAAUGGAGAGGCCCCACCCUUCACCUUCUCUAAUGGUGCUGCACGUUUCUCUUUGUCUUUUUUUGCUGAAGGUGAAGUGAAAAGCCUCUCCAUUGAUUUCAGAGACGAUGUUUCCCCUGUGAAUUUUUGGGAAGAGAUAUUUGGGUUUUUGAAAGAGAAAAAAAGACAGUUUGUCGAAGACAAUUUUUCCAAGUGAAGAUGUCAACAUUUUUACAAUGGGAAUCUUUUUCAAUGAUGGCACUGAAGAGCACUAUGUUUCCUAUGGGCAUGAUUGGGGGACGGCAGGGAUGGGGCGAGUUUGUUGUAAUUUUUUCACUGAAAAGUGAUGCUGAUGAUUAAGAAUUUAAAUACCUGUUACCUGAUUUAUUUGCUAAUAUAUAUUAUGUCUGUAUGUGUGACAUUUCGUUUAAAAUGUUCUUAUAAAUUCUCAAUCUCUAAUUUAGUUGUAGCCCCAUAUUUCCCUCCUAAAAUGUACUUCCAGCUCUCUGUUGAUGUUUUUAACCUCGAGAUUUUCACAUGAACAUUAACAGUGAGUUUUUACUUCAACAAAAAUCAGGGAGUUAAAUAUUCCACAUCAUGAAAAGAGAAUAAGCAAUAAUAUCAAUAAGAGAAAAACAUCUCUAAAACUACAGAACAGGAAGUGUGGAUGGAUUAACGUGUUAGAGGGUAAGAAUAAGCUGAAAGAUGUGUAGUUUGUCUUUGCAAAACUUCAGAUUUAAAGCAUAAACUGAAAUGCUGAAGGUCUAAAAAUUAGAUUUUGACCCACUUUAAAGCCUGUGUCAUGUCAGCUGUGUUUUACCAAAUAAAGUUUUAUUUAAUCAGCACAUCGGACUGAUACUGGGUUUGAGACCAAUAUCGAUUUUGAGAGAAAAAAAUUCAAUAUAAACAUUUUUGAUUAUGAUCUCUGACAACUGAAUCAUGACCAACAUAUGUAAACAGCUGGAACACAUGGAAACAGUUACUUCUCAUGGAUACGAACAAAUUAUUAAACUUGUUUUGGAGCCAUGACCAGAUGACGGAAUUUAAAGUGUUGACAUGUAAAUGUUAUGGAUAUGACGAAAUGUGCAUGUCAUUACAGAAAAACAAAGAAAUUAUUGCUGAACCAUUAGUUAUAUAAUUAUGUACUAAUUUGUACAUUGGCAUAGAAUAAAUCACUAUCCGUUUAUCAGCUUUACUCAGAAAAUUAUAUAUAUAUAAAUGUUCUGGUUCAAGCAAACACUUGAUUCACACAUAACUAAUAUUUUAAUUAAUGAUGAAAAUAAUUGUUACCUACACUCAUAUAUAAAAAAAUAAAUGUUUUUCUUCAUUAAAACACUUUUACACUGAAAUGUGAUCUUUGGAAAUGUGGACAACAAAAAAAAUCCUUUUCACCCUGAUCGAAUAUCAGCUGAUAAUCAUUGACAAUAAUUUAAAUCUCUGUUUAAAGUCACAUGUUGUGUUGGUACUGUAACGUUAAAUAUUCACUUUACUUUAUCUCCAUUUGUCGGUCACAAUGUUUUCACCAUCGUUUUCUCUUUUUGCACAUUUGUCAUGCUGGUGAUGAGGAAGAACUCAGUUAGUAGAGGACAACACUGUCAGAGGUAAAAGCAUGGAGUCAUUGUUCUGUGGGUUGAAAGAUAACAGAAAUCUUUAUUUAUUUUAAAGUUUAUGCACAUUUAAAAAGACGAUUCACUGUAUAAUUUAACAUUAUAUUCACUUUGUCAAAAUAUGAAGUUAUUUUAAAUGUUUUCUUUCUUGCUUCUUUUAUUUAACUAAAUAUUUAUAUGUUGAUGUUUUUGAAUGAUGUUGAAUUACUGUAAACAGCAAUGCAUUGUGGGUAAAUGGCGCCAGAAAAAAAACACUGUUUAUUUUCUGUUUUGAGCAUCCACACCUCGUCUUCACAUGCAAAAUAAACUAAGGUAAAGAACCCGCAGUGGGGUGACAUUAUUUCAGAUGUCUGCUUCAA